GAGCACACAAAGCACAGCAGGCAAGAUCCAGUGGCGACGAUGGCAGUGGCUAAACUCCUCGCCGCCGUCCUCCUCGCCCUCGCGGCUAGCUGCGGCGCGUGGGAGGUGAAGCUCGCGAUCGAGGACGACGUGCCGUUGAUCCACAUGCUGCGGCCGCUGCUGGGGUCCGGCGGCCACCUGGGCCGGCGCGGCCGCGUGCCGUGCGACAGCUGGCGGUUCGCCGUGGAGACCAACACCCUGCGCGGCUGGCGGACGAUCCCGGCGCGCUGCGAGAAGUACGUCGGCAACUACAUGCUGGGCGGGCACUACCGGAGCGACUCACGGGCCGUCGUGGACGAGGCCGUCGCCUACGCCGAGGGCCUGAACCUCACCGGCGAGGGCAAGGAGGUGUGGGUGUUCGACGUCGACGAGACCACCCUGUCCAACCUCCCCUACUACGCCGAGCACGGCUUCGGGGCGGAGCCGUACAACUCGACGCUGUUCGGACAGUACGUGAAGGAGGCGAACGCGCCGGCGCUGCCGGAGUCGCUGCGGCUGUACAAGAGGCUGCAGUCUCUUGGCAUCAAGCCGGUGAUCCUGACGGGGCGGCGCGAGGACAAGCGGGAGGCCACGGCGAAGAACCUCGAGCUCGCGGGCUACGUCGGCUACGAGAAGCUCCUGCUCAAGCCGGUGGACGCGCGGGUGCCGUCGAUGGAGUUCAAGUCCGGCGAGCGGAAGAAGCUGGAGGACGCCGGGUACGUCAUUGUCGGCAACAUCGGCGAUCAGUGGACGGACAUCCUCGGCGCGCCGGAGGGCGGCCGCACAUUCAAGCUGCCCGACCCCAUGUACUACGUCGGCUAGCUCUCUGUACGCUCUGUUUCCCACCCAUGCAUCGAGCAGCAGCACAGUGCUGCUCUUGCAAUAAUGUCUGCAAGCCUCCAAUGUGCGUGCACAAACAAAGACGGUCACGCGUCAGUUAUUCAAAUAAAAUAACUAAAUUUUAUCCUAAAAAAGCCAAUA